CCAAUGAGCUCAGAGACAGUGGGCAGAGCUCAUGUUCUGGCCCUCCCUGUUUCUCUCUCUUUCUCUCUCUGCCUCCUGCAGCUAAACUUGCUGUCUCACUCAUACUUCCUGGCUUCACUCACAUGUUCAGAGAAAGAAGGGCUGAAGAGUCUUAGCAGCACAUGAGGAAGCUCUGGCUAUUUUAAACCACGCCGGAUUGUACUCAGGAUAUUUGUAUAUCUCGUGCAGCGUGUGACAGAUUGUAUGUACAAUCUAAAGCCAGAGCAGAACUUGAGUUGCUUUGUUUUACCUUUUUAUUUAGGAUAUUUCCUCAUCUAACUGUAGGUGGUCGUGUGUGUGUGACAGAGAGAGAGAGACAGAGUGUGUUUGAGUGAGUCUGCAUGUGUGUGUGAGAGAGAACUAGGACCAGGAUGAUUGCGGCCCAGCUACUAGCCUAUUACUUCACUGAACUCAAGGAUGAUCAGGUUAAAAAGAUCGAUAAGUACCUGUACUCCAUGCGUUACUCUGAUGAGACGGUAAAGGAAGUCACGCAGCGGUUUCGGAGGGAGCUGGUAAAAGGACUGGGCCGGGACACGAACCCCACUGCUGUGUUGAAAAUGCUGCCAACUUUUGUGCAGUCAAUCCCUGAUGGCUCAGAGAAGGGAGACUUCAUUGCGUUGGAUUUGGGUGGCAGUAACUUCAGGAUCCUCCGCGUCAGAGUGAGCCAUGAGAAGAAACAGACCGUUCAGAUGGAGAGUCAGAUCUAUGACACCCCAGAAGACAUCAUUCACGGCAGCGGAACAAGACUGUUCGACCAUGUUGCAGAGUGUCUCGGUGACUUCAUGGAAAAGCACAGCAUCAAAGACAAGAAACUCCCAGUUGGGUUUACCUUCUCCUUCCCCUGCCAGCAGACUAAACUAGAUGAGGGCUUUCUGAUAACAUGGACAAAGCUUUUCAAGGCCAGUGGAGUGGAGGGAAUGGACGUUGUCAAACUGCUCAACAAAGCUAUUAAGAAGCGAGGAGACUAUGAGGCUGACAUCAUGGCAGUAGUGAACGACACUGUGGGAACGAUGAUGACUUGCGGUUUCGAUGACCAACGCUGUGAAGUUGGCAUUAUCAUCGGUACGGGCACCAAUGCGUGCUACAUGGAGGAGCUGCGCCACAUUGACCUGGUGGAGGGAGACGAGGGCAGGAUGUGUGUGAACACUGAGUGGGGAGCCUUCGGAGACGACGGCAGGCUGGAGGACAUCAGGACAGAGUUUGACAGAGAGAUAGAUCGAGGCUCCCUCAACCCCGGCAAACAGCUAUUUGAAAAGAUGGUCAGUGGUAUGUACAUGGGGGAGCUGGUUCGUCUAAUCCUGGUGAAGAUGGCCAGAGAAGGCCUGCUGUUCGAGGGAAGGAUCACCCCUGAGCUUCUCACUAAAGGGAGGUUUGAGACCAAACAAAUCUCAGCCAUAGAGAAGAGUAAGGAGGGGUUGAACAAGGCCAGAGAGAUUUUAACCAGACUUGGAGUGGAGCCCUCAAAUGACGACUGCAUCGCUGUGCAGCAUGUUUGUACCAUUGUGUCUUUCCGCUCUGCCAACCUGAUAGCUGCCACGCUGGCAGGCAUCCUGCUGAGGCUAAAGGAGAACAAAGGCGUGACACGACUCCGAACCACUGUCGGGAUCGAUGGAUCGCUAUACAAGAUGCACCCACAAUAUGCCCGUCGUCUUCAUAAGACAGUCCGUCGUUUGGUCCCGGACGCUGAUAUUCGAUUCCUCCUGUCAGAGAGCGGCAGUGGAAAAGGAGCAGCCAUGGUGACAGCUGUGGCCUACCGACUCGCUGAACAUUCAAGAGAAAUUGCCCAAACGUUGUCCGAAUUCCGCCUGACAACAGAGCAACUGCUGGAGGUAAAGAAGAGAAUGAGGGUAGAGAUCCAAAAUGGCCUUUCAAAGAGCACUCAGGAAACUGCUACUGUCAAAAUGCUGCCAACUUUUGUAUACAGCACUCCUGAUGGCUCAGAACAUGGCGAUUUCCUGGCUUUAGAUUUGGGAGGAACCAACUUCAGAGUUCUUUUAGUGAAGAUUCGCUCUGGCAAGAGGAGAACAGUGGAGAUGCACAACAAGAUCUACUCUAUUCCUUUAGAAGUGAUGCAGGGCACGGGAGAGGAGUUGUUUGAUCACAUUGUGCAGUGUAUCAGUGACUUCCUGGACUACAUGGGGAUGAAGAACACCCGUCUUCCUCUGGGCUUCACCUUCUCGUUCCCCUGCCGACAGACCAGCCUGGACGCUGGCAUCCUGGUGACAUGGACCAAGGGCUUCAAGGCGACAGACUGUGAAGGAGAAGAUGUGGUGGGUCUGUUGAGGGAGGCCAUCAAGAGGAGAGAGGAAUUUGAACUGGAUGUUGUGGCCGUAGUGAACGACACAGUGGGAACCAUGAUGACCUGUGCCUACGAAGAACCCACCUGUGAGAUUGGACUCAUUGCUGGCACUGGUAGCAAUGCAUGUUACAUUGAGGAGAUGAGGAACAUUGAGAUGAUAGAUGGAGAUGAGGGUCGGAUGUGUGUCAACAUGGAGUGGGGGGCUUUCGGAGACAACGGAUGUCUUGACGACAUUAGGACAGAGUAUGACCGCGCUGUGGAUGACUUCUCCCUCAAUUCUGGCAAACAAAGAUAUGAGAAAAUGUGCAGCGGCAUGUAUCUUGGCGAAAUUGUGCGAAACAUCCUAAUAGAUAUGACCAAGAGAGGAUUCUUGUUCAGAGGACAGAUUUCUGAAACGCUGAAGACCAGAGGCAUCUUCGAGACAAAGUUCCUCUCACAGAUAGAGAGUGACAGAUUGGCUUUGCUGCAAGUAAGAUCCAUCCUGCAACACUUAGGGCUGGACAGCACCUGUGAUGACAGUAUCAUCGUUAAAGAGGUAUGUGGGGCAGUGUCAUGCCGUGCAGCUCAACUAUGUGGGGCAGGAAUGGCGGCUGUGGUCGAUAAGAUCAGAGAGAACCGAGGACUGGACCAUCUGAACAUCACUGUAGGGGUGGACGGGACACUCUACAAACUACAUCCACAUUUCUCUAAGAUCAUGCACCAGACAGUAAAUGAACUGGCUCCUCAGUGUAACGUCAACUUCCUGCUGUCAGAGGACGGCAGUGGGAAAGGAGCUGCCCUCAUCACAGCGGUGGGCUGCCGCCUGAGACAGGAGCUGAACAGCAAAUAGAAAAAAUAUCUCUUCUGUCUCGCUGUUAUCGCCCCACUUUUCUGAGUUUCUCCUCUCUCCUCCCCUCUGUUUUUUCCCUCUGUCUCCUGUCCUCCUGAAGCCAACCAGUCCAGUCAACCUAUUACGCUCCUGUAGCUGCUUUAGCUCAUCUACAUGACCCACAGAGAAGGAGAUAGCUUUCUCUGCUGUGAGCAGAGAGUCAGGCACUGUGUUGUAGUUGUAUUAUCUUUUAAUAUCCAUUGAAAUAAUACCCAGACUCUUAACAUUGUUGGUUGUUAGGUUAAAUGUAUCUAUAUAGAUAACACAUGCACAUUCAACUCCUGUAGAAAAAUGUACAGGGCAGAUAACAAAGAGUCCACACAUGAGCAGUUUAUCAUCGCCAUAUGGAGGAGCCCUCUGAUUACAAUGUACCAAGUACAAUAUAGUUGAAAGAUAAUUUCCAAAAGCAUUGCAGAGAAAUGGUUAUCCUUGAAACAUGUUCAGUAAAUACAGGGACAUAAAAACACAGCUUUAGACCAAAGUUUCCAAAGUGUGUCUGCUGUCUGCUACAGUAUACCGACUGUCUCUACAACAAGAUGUAAAAGGGAUAUGAGGUUAAACAUGAAUGUGUAAUGCGAUGAAAGGGAAUAUUUUUGCUUUAAAAUUUGUAAUAUCUUACCCGGAUAUGAUACAAUAUGUUAUACAUGCAUUGUUGCUAUUUAUUUUAUUUUUGUAUUGGGCGAUGUUGAAAAAUAUUGCUGUUGCAAUAAUGCGGCUCACAAGGGAAUUCACCUUGAAAGCCCCCACAGCCAUCACCUGUCCCGUAGCGGAGGAUUUAAUAAACCACGUCAGGGCAGAAAGGUGACUAAAGAGGGACGUCACCCAUGCAGGAGAUGUCAUGACAUGCUUGCUAAAUGUGCAGAUUUGGACUAAUUCAUGACAGCAAUACUAUUCUACUCUAAUGUGCACUUGUAUACUAACUAGAAAUCCUGUUUGUGCUGGCUACCCUCAUCGUCAACUUACUUGGCAACAGCCAUGAUACAGACAUGCGGUGCUAACAUAGAUGCCAUUGGAACAACAAUGGCCAAACUGGGGAUAAGAAUAAUAUUACAGUAGCUGAAACUUUAAGGAGAAUUUAAACAUUUUGGAAAUAAAACUUCUCCCUGUACUCAUUCACUGUACUCCAUAUGCCCUUAAAAACUCAGGAGGUUGUUUAAGUGAACUACUGUAAGGCUUAUUCAAGUAGCACAAUUCAUGCAAAGGCGAAUAUUUAUUGUAAUGUAGUUAAAAGGUAACAUUGGCAGUUGUGGUGCAGCGAUGUGAGAUGCUACGUUUUACAGCCAUAUUUGUUAACCACAGUUAAAAUUCUGGCUAGCGACAGAUUAGCACAAUCCAAACCUGCAACAACUAAGUUUGCUGCCAUGAUGAAGAGGGCUAGAUGAAGAGGGACAGCCUCUACUGCAGGUCCUGAACUACUCUGCCUUCAGAUGUUACCCAAAGUAGUAUACAUGUCUAUAAGCCAGCCCCACAUCAUACAGACACUUUAAACUCUGUUCUUCUGUUCAUAAAACCCAGACUGUAUCUGUCCAACAGUGUUAAUCAACCAGUCACUAAAUAAAGACAAACCUGUGUCAA